AUGACUGUGGCCAAAUACGAGGACAGCCUUGAAUUCCCUCAGCCGCCUCCCAGCUUCUCGAACGCAAAACUCGGAUUUAAGCGCCUAAUGCAAAAGCAAAACAGAACACAACACAACCCCCAAGAGAAAAAAAAAAAAAACUUGCCUGGCACGGGUGAAUUCAUUGUUAUACAAUCUGCGGCGCCCCCAUCAAACGACGCAGGUGCUGUGGACACUAGGUAUAGGCUUGGUAGCCCGGGCAUCGUCGAUAACAAAAGUGACGGCUCAGCCUGUCCCUCUGUGAGGCUGACAAAGCAGCAAAAAAGCAGAGACCCAUAUAGUCGGAGCAAUAGAAUUUCCUUUCGCCGCCUAUUUCGUGAAUAG